AUGUCGGAAAAAGCUAACGAAGGGAAGGUGAUAGAGAAGAGCGCUGCUCAAAAGAUCAGCAAGUUUGGUUCUUUUACUGCAGGUGGAUUGGCAGCAUGUAUUGCCGUUACUGUAACGAAUCCGAUCGAGUUGGUCAAGAUCAGAAUGCAAUUGCAAGGUGAAUUAUCUUCCAGCUUGCAGAGAACUUAUAAGAACCCAGUUCAGGGUAUGGGAGUCAUUUUCAAGAAUGAAGGUAUUAGAGGUUUGCAAAAAGGUCUAGUGGCUGCUUAUAUUUACCAAAUAUGUUUGAACGGAUCAAGAUUGGGAUUUUACGAGCCAUUGAGAGGAGUCAUGAACAAAACUUUUUACCCAGAGGAAGAACCACACAAAGUUCAAAAUGUUACCAUUAAUGUUGUCUCUGGUGCGGCAUCUGGUAUUAUAGGUGCUGUUUUAGGGUCCCCUCUGUUUUUGGUUAAGACUAGAUUACAAUCCUACUCUGAUGUCGUCAAGAUUGGUGAACAAACGCACUACACCGGUGUGUGGAAUGGUCUUAAGACUAUCUUCCAAAAGGAAGGUUUCAUGGGUCUAUACCGUGGUGUCGAUGCAGCCAUCUUGAGAACCGGUGCUGGCUCUUCGGUCCAAUUGCCCAUCUACAAUACAGCCAAGCACUUCCUACUCAAUCAUGAUAUAAUGAAGGAUGGUACAGGUCUACAUUUGACAGCUAGUACAAUCUCUGGUCUUGGUGUCGCUGUUGUGAUGAACCCAUGGGAUGUUAUCUUGACCAGAAUUUAUAAUCAAAAAGGUGAUCUAUACAAGGGUCCAUUGGAUUGUUUCAUCAAGACUGUCAGAAUCGAAGGUGUGUCAGCUCUUUACAAAGGUUUCGAAGCGCAAGUGUUCAGAAUCGCACCUCAUACCAUCAUAUGUCUGACGAUGAUGGAGCAGACCAUGAAGUUGGUUUACUCCAUCGAGAGACAAGUUUUGGGUCACUGA